GCAUUCAAAUUAGAGAGCCUGCGCGCAGAGUUGUUGACUUCUGGUGCGUUGAAGAGACAUAGUUCCACCUGAGGAAUAGUCUAGGCUACGACACCAGGACAUGUUUGAAACGUUGGAAAGAUUUAAGUAGCUGUCUUAUUUUAAAUAAGUGAAAUCUAAAACAUGGAUUCAAGUAAGUUACACGGUGGAGGACGUUUACCAACUUUAAAUGAUUACAUGGCCGCCUCACCUGUUGAAAAGUCGCUCUCAGGUGGAAACUCGGUUUGUCACGCUCCGGUGAAACGGCAGGCGGUUAAGAGACAUCACCACAAACACAACCUCAAACACAGAUACGAAUUCCUCGAGACUCUCGGAAAAGGGACAUAUGGGAAAGUGAAGAAGGCGAUCGAAAGAUCAGGGAGACUGGUGGCCAUCAAGUCAAUCAGGAAGGACAAGAUCAAGGAUGAGCAGGACCUGAUUCACAUUCGCCGAGAGAUUGAGAUCAUGUCCUCUCUCAAUCACCCCCACAUCAUCACCAUAUAUGAGGUCUUCGAGAAUAAGGACAAGAUUGUGAUUGUGAUGGAGUACGCCAGCCGAGGCGACCUGUACGACUACCUCAGCCAGCGGCAGAAGAUUGGCGAGGCCGAGGCCAGGCACUUCUUCAGGCAGAUCGUGUCUGCGGUGCACUACUGUCACAGGAAUGGGAUAGUGCACCGUGACCUGAAACUGGAGAACAUUCUCCUGGAUGGUGACUGCAACAUUAAGAUAGCAGAUUUCGGGCUGUCCAACCUGUACCAUGGGGACGAGUACCUGCAGACAUUCUGUGGCAGCCCUCUGUACGCCUCCCCAGAGAUUGUGAACGGCCGGCCUUACAAGGGCCCUGAGGUGGACAGCUGGUCCCUGGGGGUCCUGCUCUACACACUGGUCCAUGGGGCCAUGCCAUUCGAUGGGCACAAUCACUGCAACUUGGUGCAGCAGAUCAGCACCGGGGAGUACCGCAAGCCCACCAAGCCAUCCGAUGCCUGUGGUCUGAUUCGCUGGAUGCUGAUGGUUAACCCAGAGCGCAGGGCCACACUGGAGGAGAUUGCCGGCCACUGGUGGCUCAAUUGGGGCUACCAAAGGCCUUUGCUGGCCGGGAUCGAGACUGCAGCCAGCGGCACCACUGGUUCUUCCAGUACCAGCUCAAGUGCUGGGGCUACUACCAACGCUGCAGCAACAGUGCAGACUCAACCUGUGGGUCCCAUUCGAAUCGCCGAUUGGCUGCGACGCACCUCACGGCCUUUGCUGGAAAGCAGUCUGAAGGUGCGUUGCCUCCUGCGCUCCCAUGGACCAGGUGGAGGAGGAGGAGGUGGGGGUGGAGAGAUAGUACGUCAGCGCUCCAUUCGGAGAUCCCGCAAGGAAAACAACGUUUCCCAAAGCAUGCAGGAGGGACCGGCUGCCCGGCCCCACAAGGGGAUCCUGAAGAAGCGGGGCAGUCUGAAGCAGAAGCCUCCGAACGACGCCCCGCCCCCUGCUCCAGAGGAGCGCCCUGUGCCCACCCCCACCCCCACCCCUUUCGGCUUCUGCACUUCCAACACUCCCCUGGCACCUCUGGUGCCCACAAACGAACCGCUGCCACGCAAGGGCAUCCUGAAGAAACCCAUUGAGAGGGAGUCGGGCUAUUACUCCUCUCCUCCUCCUCCCCCCGAGAGCAGCGAUUCUGCACAGACCCCUCAGCCCCCGCUCUGUCCCUCGGCCCUGCCAAGCCGCAAGGGCAUCCUGAAGCGGAACGGAAAGUUUUCGUCUGGCGGCCUGCAGGAGUUUGGCUCGCUGGACCAGUUAGCCGCCUCCUUGCCACAGGGGGUCACUAGAGUGCGGCCCAGCGGAGCCGUGAGCGAAGACAGCAUUCUCUCCUCUGAAUCCUUCGACCGGCUGGACCUGCCCGAUCGUGAGGGACCCGCUGCGCCCAUGGAGAAGCCAGCCAUGGCUGCUAGCAACAUGAGGGGCUGCGUGUCUGCAGACAACCUGCUGGAGCUCAGGGAGGAGUAUGGCAUGAAGCGCCAGGGCCACAGGCGGCUACACAGCCCUUGGGAUAUGGCCUGCUAUCAGGCAGGCAACAUGGCCGACAGCGCUUUCUCCAUCUCAGACUGUCAGAACGUGACUGAAGGCUACAGACAGGCCAAAAGCACCGCAACUCCAGCUAGCUGAGGCUAAUUUGAAGAGCCCCCUAUGUGAUUGAUUUACAUUUCAGAGCAUGUUAAGCAGGGCAUUGGUGAACUGCUGAGAGACGUUCCCUGUGGUUUUAAAGAACUUGUCAAAGAGUGGUUAGUCUUGGCCAGUAUUCAUGAGAAUGUGAAACUGACGUGUGAGAAGAUGAAAAUGUGUAAAGACCAGUGCAUGGCGAUAUAGUGAGACUGGCCAGUUCACUGUGAAAUGUUUGGUUCAUGUUUUCUUACAAACCAAAUGGGGACCUGCAUGAGUGGUGGUAACAUGUCAGGUAAUGGGAGACACUUAAAAACUAGUCUUUUUAUAUGCAUUUGAAUCUGUAAGGGACAGGGAAAAAAAGUAGCAAACCGCAUCAUUAGUGUGUUGGAAGAGAAAUCAGGGAAGUAAAAAAAUGUCAGUCUCUGAAUGCCACCAUUGUUGUGUGUUCUAGUUUUGUUUCACAAACUCUUUUUUGGAUUUGUUCAGCAUUGUUCAGAUUUGUUUUCAAUUGAUUGUACAGCGACUAAAACCUCAGACCAUUGCCAAAGAUUACAUUUGUUAUAAACUAUCAAGGAGCACUAAGUUAUUAAGACCUACACAGGUGAACAGUCCAGUUGAGAAGAGCCAGUAUUGUAUUUGUAGAAAUGAAACCUAGGGCUUAGAAACCGCCAAUUCGGCAGGAGCAGUUUCGGAGAAAGUGGCAGGUCACUGUAAAAGUCGUCACCAAUAAAUCAAGAGAUCUCUGUUUUGAUAAGGGCGGCUGGUUUCUGUGACACAAGAAGGUGAGCUUCGGUCUUCGGUCUUGCACAUUACCUGUGUGUUAAUGUUUCACUUUUACAACCAGCUCCUGAAAGGUCUAGACCGAUCAGGUCUUCAACUUGAGUUUUCAUUGCUUUGUGGUGAAGGGCAGACUGUUUCUUUUUCCAUGAUGGCAGAUAGACAGUGAGAGAUUUUAUGACCUGCUCCUGAGAGUACAAAUAAUAAUCAAGAUGUGAUGGUUCAGCUGCUGUUUUAUUUGUUUUUAUUUGAACUCUGUUUCCCCUUUGACACAGACACUUCACAGUUAAAGUUCAAUUCCAGGUUGGUGCAGCCUGACAGAGUUUAAUUAUUUCUCCCAAAAUUGUUAAACAAAACAGGAGGCACUAUUCUGUUCCAUUGUAAUUAUUAUACUGUAAAGUACAUUUGGCACCUCUUGGGUUGAAAAAGAUUGUUUUAAAUGUGGACAGAGGUACAAUGGGAACAUUCAGACAUUUUGAAUUUGGGGAAUUUUUUUGUAUUUUAUUUCAUGUCAUCAAACUUAAUCACAGUUGCAAAUUCUAACAAUUACAAUUGAAUUUUAAAGAGUGAGACGUACUAACACAAUUACUUCUAUUCAAAAAUGAGGUGUUUAAAUGGACUGUUUUUAGGGGAAAAAAACAGUACAACACAAGUUCUCCUGUCUCAUAAUGGACUAAACCAAGAUCAUAUUCCCAAAUAGUGUGUAAAUAUCCAACAGCAUUCAGCUUGACAGUGAUGGGGGAAGGAUGUCUUUAACUGGAUAACUAAUUGGUGUGUAGUAUAGUCUCUGUAUUCUGCUGCAAAUGACUGUUCUGUUAUCUCUAUACAAAACAGUCCAGUCAAUUACUCUGUGGCCUUUUGUAUAGAACUGACUUUCACCAGUUAAAUGUUUUGUUGUAGCAAAUGUUUCUUUACUAUGCAUUGAGUCCCCCACACAGGAGGUUAUGGGUUAAGGUAUAGUAGGUUAUAUUUGGAAGUACCUGACGUUUUUCCAAAGGACUUAAUUUAUAUUUUGUACCAUAUCGUGUGCCAUCAUUGGCUUUUGAUGUGGGUCAAUAAAAAAACAUGGUUCAAAAAAA